GCCUAGACAUUCUUUAAUUUGAGCUCAGCAGCCGUGAGGUUAGUUGUAGAUAACGAGGAUCUUCUCUUGCUUUUUGAACACAAGGCACCAUCACGGAUUUUUCUAUCUGGCAAGGUACACCUAUCACUGGGCUGGAUUUUUAACCACAAAACUUCUCGAGGUUUUUCUUUUAGAUUUUAUUUUUGUUUAAAAACCCUAAAACACGAAAAAAUGGGAGCCCAGUUGUCCAAGGGUGGAGUAGCUGUGGAGGGGAAAGCCGUCGCCGACACGGCUGGUGCUAAAACAAAUGGCCAGGAGAAUGGACAUGUCAAGACCAACGGUGAUGUCUCUGCUAAGCCUGAUGGGGAUGGAGCGGUCACAGAUGGAAAUGGAGCUGCAGAGCCAGCCAAAGAGGAAGAGACUGGUGCCGGGGACGCCAUCGAACCCGCCCCUGCUGCUGAAGGAGAGGCCGCCAAGACCGAAGGGGAUGCCACCAAGGAUGCCAAGAAGAAGAAGAAGUUCUCUCUGAAGAACUCCUUCAAGUUCAAGGGUAUCAACCUCAAGAAGAACAAGAAGGGCAGUGAGGAGGUCAAGGCGGAGGAGGCCGCCUCCCCCACUGCAGAGGAGAAGCCUGAGGAGAAUGGCCACGCUGCCAAGGAAACCAAAGAGGAGACGCCAGCGGCUGAGCCCGUGGCAGAGGCCAAGGAGGAGGCUGCACCAGCCUCCGAGGGCGAGGCCAAGGCCGCAGAGGAAGCCCCACCCACAGAGGCAGCCACUGCAGAGGAGGCCGCCACCCCUGCCGAGGUCACGACAUCUGCAGCCUCCGAGGAGGCCGAGCCCAAGGCAGAGUGAUUGCAUCCUGCCCAUGGCACCUGAACUGUUUUCCAAGAUUAAAGUAUAUAAAUAUAUAUGAGACUCGUGCCACAUUCUUAAAAGUUCUAAACAAAACUACAAAAUAAUAAAAUUGAAGAAGGAUAUACCACGUUUGCUGAUUCAACCACCAGUUCACUGCCUUUUAUUAUUUCUCAACUGACGGAAUCUCACCUGGCCCUCAUGAUGAAAGUGCUGUCUUAUGUCUCCCCCUCAUGGUAUACACAGGAACUGGCAUGUGGGGUAGGGUUUGGAUCGGAUGUAGAGCGAAUCAGGAAUACUGACUUAUUUUCCCUAUUCAUGGAACAAGCAUCCUUUUAACAGCGUGGCAACCUUGUAACUUUUUUUUUUUCAUCUUUCUGGGAUCUAAAAAUCGACAACAGUUAUGGAGCGGGGCAGAUUGUCUUCACUCAAAAUGACUGUUAUAUGAACACAAAUCUUUCAAAAGAUCCUUAUAAUUUUAGAAUUCUACAUUCCUAUGUUUUACCCCCAAAUUUAAAGUAUUUUGUGCUGUAUAGAUUAACUAAAUUCAAGGAGGGGAGGAGGAAAGCGCCAUGUCUUCGUGCAUUUUUUUAUUUUUCUGGCUAAAACCACAUCUGAGCUUUCUCGAGUCUUGCAGUGUUCACAUUUAAGAGUUUAUGAUGCAGGGGUUGAGGUUGUGUACAAAAUGUGAGCUUUUUAUCUGCAAUAUGUCUCUGUAAAUAUGUUUUGGCCAAUAUUUUUGGUUCUCUUUAUUUUGCUAUCGUUUAAAGAUGUUAAUGGUUUUAUUGUAACUUUUAUUAAGGGUAAAUAAAUGUUUGAUCCCC